GGAAGGUUGGAUAGCUUUUUUACCAUAUCACCGAAUAUAAAAACCCCAUCUAAGCGAAAGAACGAGGAAGAUAAAAAAGUUACUGCAUCAAAAAAAACAAAGACCUCGGGUAAUAGAGGCAGACCCAAAAAGUAG